CGGAAGAACUUGCGUGUGCGUACCGGAAACAAUACAUCGGUCGAAGGUUCCGUCCACGAAUUAGUUUCCCUGCAGAGCUAAAGUUCACUGUUGAAACACGGAAAACAACAAGGCUACGGAUAUGUAAUCUCCGCCUGGGAUAGCAUUAUGAGUGAGGCGUGCCCACCCCAAGACAUGGCAGAGAAACCACAGCAAGAGGAAUUGAAUGGCACCUGUCAGCACAAUGAAGCCUGGGGAAGCAUUAAGACUGAAGCGUGCCCACCCCAAGACAUGGCAGAGAAACCACAGCGAGAGGACUUGAAUGGCACCUGUCAGCACAAUGAAGAAAAUACACUGGCUGAGCCAGCUCUGAGCUCUCAGCAAGGGCGAGGAGAAGGGGGACGGGGUGGUUCCACGCCAACAGUCCCGCCCACAACUCAGAGGCGAAUUUCAGAUCUGAAGGAUGGAGAAAGCCUGCCGGGUGAAGGUGGUGAACCGGUGGACCCUAUUCCUGAUGAAGAGCAGCAACCAGAGGAUACAGCUUCAUCACCUUCACCUGCAAACACAGAGGAGAACGAGACGACGGGUGUGGACGUGGCACCGGCGGGUAAAGAGUCAGCAGAAACAGACGUAUCUUCAGCAGAAAACAAAGAAGAGAUCAACCACUGUGAGACGGAUCAUGGAGGUUGUGGAGAUCGUCUGAAGGAGAAAACUGAGGAGCCGCUGGAGAAAACUGAGGAAGGCUCUGAAAACGGCGAUGAAGAAGCAACAGAAGUGACCUCUCCAAAGGAAUCCAACGAGGGUGAUGAUGAUCCGGUGGACAAACCCUUUCCGGAGACAAAACCAGAAAGAGGGACCCUGAAAUACUUGAUAGCAGUGGGUGUAGUUGUACUUGUAGCCAUCUUGGUGCAGCAUCUCCUCCAACACCAACCUCCACCUCAGAGGGAGGACGUGCGUCCGGUGGACGUCUUCCUCAAACAGAUGGAAACAGUAAAGUCUCGGUUUCCUCGCCAGCGUUCCGAGCUCUGGAACCGAAACAAGAUUCACCUGAAGAGGCACCUCCAGACCUCCAGACCCACCGAGCCCGUAAGCCUCAUCCUCACGGCAGGAUGGAGAGCGGAGAGGACGCUGCACUGCCUUGCUCAGAGUCUGGCCUCCGCCUUCUCUGCUGCCGUCAACGCCUCUGUGCUCCACAUCGACGGCACCGGCUCAGCCGGCCGGGACAGCGACCACGUCAAGCUGGACAUAGACAGGAAGCUGCAGGGAGCGUUUGAGGGAAACCAACCCGUUGCCGUCAUUCACCGCUUUGAGGAGCUGCCGCCCAGCUCCACUCUCAUCUUCUACCGCUACUGUGAUCACGAGAACGCCGCGUACAAGAACAUUUUUCUGAUCUUCACGGUCCUGCUGGAGGAGGAAGAUGAGAUUCCGGGGACAAAAAGCUUGAGUGCGGUGGAGGAGAUGGUGGACGACCACCUCCAGAAGAAGUUCCUGUCCCAGAGCCGGCCGGUGUCGUUUGACAGGAUGGACAUCGAUAAGUACGGGGGACUGUGGAGCCGCAUUUCUCACCUCAUCCUGCCGGUGGCAGCAGAGGAACGGAUGGAGCUUCAUGGCUGCUAACAGACACACAGGAACAUUUCUGAAACUCUAAGAUCUUAACUUUUUAAACCAAGACCUUUAGCUAAACAAACAUUUUUAUGGAUUAUUUAAAAAAAAAAGACUUCAUCAAGCGGAUCUUAAGCACUUUAUUCUAAUUUACUUUGAUCAGGUGUAAUUAAAGAUGGACUAAAAAGGUUUUUGGGGUUUUACUGGGGUUAUAUUUUAAUGCUAAGUUUGAUCCCAAAAGGAUCCAACGUUUUAACUACAGUUGAAGUUUGCAGAUGUCUUCUGUAAAUUUCCAGAUCUCCCUGGCACCAUGUGCCUUAAUUGACCCUGUUUUCUGUUUACAUUCUCCUAAACAUGUAAUGGUUGUAAACAAAUGAUUUGAUAAAGUGUGCCUUAAACCAAAAAUUAAACACUGAUCGGUUCUAAAA